CCCUAAUAAAAACUUGAGAUUUAGAUGAAUAUUCUAUGUACCUUCUAUAUGGUAGCACCAUACAAAAGGUAGAACACAAGUGCGGUGGGAAACACAACUACGCCGGGGAUUACCCACGACAGCAAGGACUUUCACGGAUAAUGAUGAGGACAGCAAGAAGUGUCACGGAUAAUGAUGAGCUCGUCUAUCUCUUCCCUCCAUCUCUCUCAUCUGCUAACAGCCCUUUUUGCUGUGACUGAUCUGUUAUUUUCUUCUCUCAACCACUCUCAUCGUCAUUUUCGGCCUCUCCCCGCUCGCGUACUUGCAAGCUGUGUUCAACCCCCCCGCGUCUGGCUGUCUUGGAAUACUUUACGUUUGGUUGUCAUCGCUUUCUUUUCCCAUCCUCAUACUCAUACUCAUACUCCAUUCUCAUUUUUUGAGAACCUUACACUUCUUUUCCUAACCAGAUCCCGCUGUCGUUGCGCUGCUCUCACCUCACUCUGAUCUUUCCCCGCCUCUUUCUUGACAUACUGGUCUGGUCUCCCAUCCAUCUUAGCCAUGGCAGACGCAGAGUUCCAAGAUGUAUAGCGGCACGCAUUAAUUGCCAGAUUUAACUCUGCAUUUUCGGGUCUGAAAUAUGGAGAGAGCCUUCAACUGAAACCUGGAAUAUGGGCAGCACUUUGGUUAUCUGAUUGAAGGGGGUAGUUUGGGUGAUAGGGGAUACUGUUGACGUGGACGAGAGUACUGGCCCGAGCCGUAUGGAAUUUAAAUUGGAACCACGCGGAGAUACUUAUGCGCCGCGGGAAACGCUUAUGUAUGUGCUUUAUUGACUUAUAAAUACCCA